UUGUAGGGGUGGGAGGUUGAAGUAAAAACGACGAAGUUGCACACAACUAGAGGUAACAGAUGAAAAUUUAGUUGGAUUUUGUUUUUUUUCCUUCACACUUUCAGUGAAGGGUUGAGAUUGGUUGACACAUGUCAAUGUGAAUGAAACUCUUUUUGCCCAAAUUUGACCAUUUUCCUUUCUCAGUAACGGAGUGAACAAUUGGGUGGUUAUGGGUCUUUGGCCGUUUCGGGUUGGUGAUAUAAGGACAAGUGCCAUUUAUGUUUGUUAGAUUAGAAUUUUUUUUCUUUUUAUGAAAUAAUUAAUUUUGAGCGGUGGGUUGUAGUCUUUGGGGAUACAAAAUAUAAAAGGAGGAAAAGAAAGUAAAGUGAGCGAUAGGAAGGCAUACGAUUAAGGUAAAAAUGGAAAAAAACUUACCUCAAUCUCUCUCAGUUGGCGGCAGCGGCGGAGGCGGAGGAGCGUCAUCGUCGUCUCAUGGUGGUGGAGCAGUGUUUAAUAUGGAUCGCCAAAUGCAAGUUGUUGAACAGCUCGUUCUCAAUCUUCGGUACCCCGUUCGUCAUGAACAUGCUCUUCUUGAACUUUCUAAGAAGAGGGAACUUUUCCAUGAUUUGUCCCCCUUGUUGUGUAACUCAUUUGGUACUUCCGUUGUACUCCUACAGCAAGUAUUCCUUCUUAUCUGUACCCUUUUCUUGUUACAACAAGCAAGUCCAGACCUUUUGAAUAUUUGAGGCUUGCUAGCUUAGGUGUCAUUGGCGCCCUCAUGAAGGCAGAUGACACUGAAGUUAUCCGUGCUCUUCUUUCACCAGAGAUAAUUCCGAGUUGCUUGCGCUCAAUGGACAUUGGAUGUGAACUAUCCAAAACAGUUACAACUUUCAUUCUGCAAAAAAUCCUUCUAGAUGAUGCUGGUUUGGAUUACAUAUGUACCAGAGGGGUAAAGUUUUUUUAUGUAGCCCAAGCAUUAGGGAAUAUGGUUGGUGAACUUGUUGAACAACCUUCAGCUAGAUUGCUGAAAUACAUAAUAAGGUGCUAUCUUCGUCUGUCAGAUAAUCAAAGGGCAUGUGAUGAACUGGGAACUUGUCUUCCCCAUAUACUUAGAGAUACCACCUUCAACAGUUGUCUUUGUGAGGAUCCAGUGACGAGGAUGUGGCUGAAGGAAUUGCUUCAAAAAGUCAAUGGGAAUCAGGUUGUUGUACAGGCUGGAGAAUCGGUGAACCCAAUUCAUUCAACUAGGAUAUAAGUUAGGAACUUUUGGAGUAUUUGGAGUGCAUACUGUACUCAUGGGAGGUGGGUAUUGUUGGUGUUUAUUUAAUGUGUAUGUUACGCAUUUCUGUACUCAUAGGAGUUUGUUUGUGUUGGAGUACUUAAGGUCUGUUUGGAAUGUGCUACUACUGUGCUCAUAUGUUUAUUUAUGCAGAGCAUUAUGUGAAUUGUUGUUGGGGCCUAUUAAAUCUAGAUUCGCGUGGGGAGUCAACUUAAUCCCGUGGGUCAAACGACCUGUUGUUAUUAAUAGAGAAGGAGAGCCCUUCUAGUGUUUAAGGACGUGAUUUAGUGAUAAAUCAUAAGAUUUUGUGUUUAUCAAGAAGUACUUGGUGAUUUUAUGCUA